UAUAUACUUGUAUUUACUCGUGUCGUUUCAUUCCUGAUUUCAUUGGCAUUUAAUUUUUUUUACUACCUAUGUAAAAGUAUUUGGAAUUUAUUUUACGGGGAAAAGUAAAAUCUUAUGAUUUUUCGUUGGCUGUACCGUUAUUAAGGUAUGGGCAAUUCCGACAAUGAAACGGUUGAUGAGAACCAACCGCCAACCCAUACUCAAUCUGCAACGCCUGAGGAUGACGCGACAAACCUACCAAGGCAUCUUCGACAUCGUUACUGGAAUAGUUGGGAAGAGAUGCGUUUAGUAGAACUAUGGCGGCUGCACAGCGAUGACGUGACGACAUUAAAGCAAAACAUUCCCAUUUUUCGUACUAUAUCGGAGGGAAUGCGUGAAUAUGGGUUCCAUGUGAACGCUCAGGAGGUCCGGCGUAGAAUUAACAAUUUCAAAAACAAGUAUAUUGCCGAGAGACGUCGUUUAGAACUAGAUGACCAAAAACUCAGCGACUGGCGCUUGUAUCCGCUAGUCCAUUGCCUGUUAGCACCGCGUCAAAAGAAUCAACUAUUAACGCAUCAAAAAUUAAUUCUGGAUCAACUAUGCUCAAAAAUACCGCAGGAGUUGAUAAACAAAGAGAUACCUUUCAUUGAAAUUAUAGACAAAAAACCCGUUCAGCAAUUACCUACCGUUGCUUCAAAUGAACCCGAAGUAAAAUAUGUACCGCCAGCGCGUUCACAGCGUUAUCAACCACGAGUCAAGCCCUAUCCCAGAAGUUUAAGCAUCGACUCGAGCUUUUUCUUGCGACAUAACUUCAACAGGGAGAGAUUUACCCAAAUACUUGUAGAUAAUAGCAUACUCUCUGACCAGCGUGAUGCAGCUCUUAAGCAACUGAAAUCAGAGGAAAGGUCAUUCAAAGCCUUAGAGAGCUUUCUCACAAACUGGCAAAAGAAGCACGAAGUCGUAUUGCAGCGCUUACAAUGCGCUGAGGCAAAGUAACAACAACUUCUGAAUUUUUAUAAUAGUCCUCGGUUCAUUGUUAGUUGCGAAACCCUCAAGUCGUCAAUAAGAUUUUUGUUUAAGUUUUGUAUGAUUUCAUUUUUUUAGUAUUGUAUUGUCAUUAUUUUAAGUUCGUCCAAUGUCUAGUUAUUUUAUUUACAUAUUUUUUUUUUUUUUUUUUUUUGUUUGAAAGGAUCUACUUCCGCAUUUCAAUAACGUUUUUGGCAGAAAUCUUGACUUUUUACCACAAUCGAUGUAACAUGUCUUCAUAUAAGGAGUAAAUAAACAAAUGGGUGACAUUUUA